GAUGAGCCGCUCCGCGCCGAGCUCGCGGUAGCGCCGUGCGAGGCGGAGAGCCAUGGGGGAGAACAGUCCCGAGGGCAACGUUAUCUGCUAUGAGGCGGAGGAAGACGAGCUGGGCCAGGAUGAGAACAUGCUAAGGUUUGGCGACAAGAACGGGCUGGUGUCCUCCCCGCCCGGCACGGUGUACGACAGGACGACUGUGCUCAUCGAGCAGGACCACAGCGUGCUGGAGGACGAGGAGGAGGAAGGACAGUGUGGGGAUCACUUGCCUUUUCUACCGGAGGGUCACGACGAAGGAUUUCAUCUAAUAGCAGAUCAUGAAGGAAUGUCCCAGGGUUACGUGCAGCACAUUAUUUCUCCUGACCAGAUUCACCUAACGAUAAAUCCUGGUUCGACUCCUAUGCCAAGGAACAUCGAAGGAGCAACACUUACACUGCAGUCUGAGUGCCCAGAAACUAAGCUUAAGGAAGUGAAGCGCUACCAGUGCACCUUCGAGGGCUGUCCCCGCACCUACAGCACUGCCGGCAACCUGCGCACGCACCAGAAGACUCACCGCGGGGAGUACACCUUCGUCUGCAACCAGGAGGGCUGUGGCAAGGCCUUCCUCACCUCCUACAGCCUCAAGAUCCACGUCCGAGUGCACACCAAGGAGAAGCCGUUUGAGUGCGACGUGCAGGGCUGUGAGAAGGCCUUCAACACGCUGUACAGGUUGAAAGCACACCAGAGGCUUCACACAGGGAAAACAUUUAACUGUGAAUCCGAAGGCUGCAGCAAAUACUUCACGACGCACAGUGACCUGAGGAAGCACAUUCGAACACACACAGGAGAAAAGCCAUUUCGGUGUGAGCAUGAUGGCUGUGGGAAGGCUUUUGCUGCAAGCCACCACCUCAAAACACAUGUUAGGACACAUACUGGGGAGAAACCCUUCUUCUGUCCCAGCAAUGGCUGUGAGAAGACUUUCAGUACCCAGUACAGUCUCAAGAGUCAUAUGAAAGGUCAUGAGAAGGGACAUACCUAUAAUGCACUUCCCAAUAGCAGCGUGUCUGAGGAUACAAGUCACUCACUGUGUCUGAGUGACUUAAGCCUCAUAUCAACAGAUUCAGAGUUGCGGGAGAACUCUAAUCCAACACAUGGGCAGGACCUCAGCACAAUCUCACCAGCAAGCAUCUUCGAGUCCAUGUUUCAGAGCUCAGACCAUACUGCAAAUCAGGAUGACUCUCAGCAGACAGGUAAGAGUCGCCGGGAGAGCUUUGUGUGCACGCACUUAGUCCAGCAUGUCACAGGGAAGCUUAGU